GUCUUUAGCCUACAUCUUCACAGCCUCAUGUUUAUACUUAAUAUCUAUUCUUCCUUGCACCAAUGUUCUGCCUUUUGGUGAGAGCAAGAAGUAUAAUAUGAGCGCAAGACAAGACCAUUGAUAAAUUUAGUUCAACUGAAGGCUGAGAUAAAGGGGAACCAAGAAAAAGAGAAGAUAGACAGUGGCAGAGAAAAUAGGGUACCAUCCCAACACCAAGCUAGAGAUGACUAGAAAUAACCAGAAAUGAAAUAAUUUAGCUGGUUGUGCUUUACCUGUGGCCAAACCUGAGACCAUUCCAAAUGAAGAACCUACAAGAAAAUACAAAAAAUAGCUUGAGAAAAAAGUAUUUUGAGACCAAACUUAAAACAGAGACUAGGCUCUGCAUUAGAGCAACUACAGACGUGAGUAAUUCUUUUUCUGGCAUUCUUUAAAUGUGUUUGCCAUUAUUAGUUCCUUCUCUUUUUCACUUUUAAUUUCUUGAAAGCAGAGCAAAACAGCACAAGCUCAAAAUCCAUAAGCUCAAACAUACCAGCAAGAGAAAGACUAUUGAUCGAUGCUGCAUCCACUCAUAGGUUCCUUCCAUUCUUCGCUUCCCUUUUUCUCCUGAAGAUUCAAUUCUUCAAAGUACUGCAAAAUGUUCUUCAGUCUCUAAAGCAGUUUGGGAGACGGCUGAGCUUCAGUGGAGAUGAGGUUAUGGGAGGAAACUGCUUCAAUCAGGAACUGGAGGAAAUUAUCAGAACUGUUCUCGGCAACCUGGACAGUCUUCAACCCUUCUCUAGUGCCCACUUUGUUGUCUUCCCUUGUAUCCUUUACACUACCAGAUAAGAAGCGUUGGGAGGGAGUGUCUAAGGUGAUGUGCAAAUAUGGUGAGAGGAAGCUGAGAGCCUACCCGUUUAUUCUUAUGCUCUACCUGGAGAAAAACGUGCUGAAUGAAAAGCAAGCAGAGGAGAAGUUGAACCCAGAGAAAGUGGUUGCACAGCGAUUCCCCUCUGUUUGUGAGCCACAGUCAAAGCGCUGUAAAAGAGAUUCACCACUAGAGGAGGCCAUAAUAAAGGACUUAAUCAAUGACUUGGAGGCUGAAAGCAAGGUUUCUAUGGUUGGCGGGCUGCAUGUGGACAAUGCACAUUCAGGGAGAGAGGUCAAGGAAGAUCCAGGACUUGCUGACAAGAAAGGGACCAAGAGGUUUGACGAACCCCAGCAGAAAUCAGGUGUCAACACAGUAAGAGGAAGUGGGACUCCGGGUGAAGUGCAUCCUGGGACAACACAGGACAUGAGAGAGGGUGAUGAGGAAGGAGACAAUGCAGACUCUGUCCCUGGGACACCUGUGAAGCCAGGAAUUCUGACUCGGCUGGCCAGCCAAAUCUUCCCCUUCUCCUUGCUCUUCAGAGACCCCUGAGAGUUGUGGCAGAGAGACGGUUUUACUGGUUCCAGUAGUGGAAACUCACUGGGGUUUGUUUGGUUAAGGUUCUGCAGUGCGAACAUAAAAAAGUGUUUUGGUUUCUUCAGGAACAGUAUUUCAUAGAUCUGUUUUUUUAUCUUUUAGUGUCUAUUAGAGUGUUUUUUCCAUUUUGCUGAUAUUUCUUCUUUUGUUCUCUUAACAUAUAUGUUAGAUUUCCCAUUACAUUAAUUUAUUUCAAAACUAUUGCCACAGAGUUGGAGGGUCUGUCAGCUUUUUGGUGUAGCUCUUUAUUGAUACCAUGAGCAAAUAAAUAUUGUUACUUCUUCA